CUGCGAUGCGUAUUAUAAGAGGAGUUCACCUCCAUCACCCAAAUAUAUUGAGUUCUUGACCAACUGCGCGCACCUCAUCGAGCCUGCCUAACCCCGCCCGCCCGCUAAACCCUACCCUACUCACCGGCGGCAGAGGUUUUCGUGAGCUCGUCCGACAAUGGCGUCCCUUUGAGAACUCGUGCGAGGUCGGGGUGUUCGCGAGGCUCACCAACGCCUACUGCCUCGUCCCGGCCGGUGGGGCGGAGAAUUUCACCAGGUUGUGUGUUUGAGGCCGAGCUCGCCGACACCGUCCCGGUGGUCAAGGCAUCCAUCGGCGGCAUGAGGAUCCUCAGGACAUUGUGCGUGGGCAACAAGAAGGGCCUUCUUCUACCACACACCACUAACGACCAAGAGCUCCAGCACCUCAAGAAUAGCCUGCCUGAUGAGGUGGUCGUCCAGCGUGUCGACGAGCGGCUCUCCGCCCUCGGCAACUGCAUUGCCUGCAACGACCACGUGGCUCUCACAAAACCAGAUCUCACCAAGGAAACCGAGGAGAUCAUCUCGGACGUUCUUGGGGUGGAGGUGUUCAGGCAGACCAUCGCAGGGAGCAUCCUGGUCGGCAGCUCCUGCGCCUUCUCCAACAAAGGGGGACUUGUUCACCCGCAGACGUCGGUGGAGGACCUGGACGAGCUGUCGACGCUGCUGCAGGUGCCCCUCGUCGCCGGCACCGUCAACCGGGGGAGCGAUGGCAUCGCGGCCGGCAUGGUGGUCAACGACUGGGCGGCCUUCUGCGGUUCCGACACCACGGCCACCGAGCUCUCAGUGGUGGAGAGCGUCUUCAGGCUGAGGGACGCCCGGCCGGGGGCAUUGGGCGCCGACGUCAGGAAAUCCUUGGUUGAAAGCUGCUUUCUUCAGGGGAAUUUUGCCUUCCCUUGCUGUAUCUGUGUUUGUCAUGAAAUAUUCUCAACUAGUACUCCCUCCGUAAACAAACAAGUAAUGUAAACGCUUUUAUAUUUGUUUACGGAGGGAGUACUUCGCCAAUCUGGAUAGCUUCUUCGUAGGAUUAAGCUCGUGAUAAGACUUUCAACUAGCAAAGGCUGGAGGGUUUAUCUCUCAAGACCUGAGUUAUAAACAAUAAUGAGGGGCACAAAUGACAAUGCGAUAGCCAAAUGUUGCGAGUCCUACACUUCUGUUUUUCAGCUUAAUUCCUCUUUGGAGGAAUAGGAAAAGUGAGAUCACUUUAGUUCUCGGAGUAUCUCAAUUGCCUAUAGUAUUAAAGAGAUGUCGCUUGAUUCAUAAGAUAUGAAUUUUUAAUUU